GCCAGCAUGGCCGCACCGCUGUCGGACCAUGAGAAAAGAAAGCAGAUCAGCAUUAGAGGAAUAGUCGGGGUGGAGAACGUGUCCGAGAUCAAGAAGGGCUUCAACCGACACCUGCACUUCACUCUGGUCAAAGACAGGAACAUCGCCACCCACAGGGAUUAUUAUUUCGCUCUUGCGCACACAGUUCGAGAUCAUUUGGUAGGAAGGUGGAUCAGAACGCAGCAGUUCUAUUAUGAAACUGACCCAAAGCGUGUGUAUUACCUGUCCUUGGAGUUCUACAUGGGACGCACCCUGCAGAAUACCAUGAUCAACUUGGGUCUGCAGAAUGCCUGUGAUGAGGCCAUAUACCAGCUUGGGUUGGACAUGGAGGACUUGGAAGAGGUGGAGGAAGAUGCUGGACUUGGGAAUGGUGGACUGGGAAGACUAGCGGCUUGCUUCUUGGAUUCCAUGGCUACACUUGGCCUUGCAGCAUAUGGGUAUGGUAUUCGUUAUGAGUAUGGGAUUUUCAACCAGAGGAUUAAGGAAGGUUGGCAGGUAGAGGAGGCAGACGAUUGGCUGAGGCAUGGCAACCCCUGGGAGAAAGCCCGCCCAGAAUACAUGCUUCCCGUUCACUUCUAUGGCCGGGUUGAGGAGACCAAAAAAGGGCCUAAAUGGGUGGACACACAGGUUGUCCUGGCUAUGCCCUAUGACACCCCUGUUCCUGGUUACAUGAAUAAUACUGUGAAUACCAUGAGACUCUGGUCAGCACGUGCACCCAAUGACUUCAACUUGCAGGACUUCAAUGUUGGUGACUACAUCCAGGCUGUUCUGGACAGGAACCUUGCCGAAAACAUCUCUCGAGUACUCUACCCAAAUGACCACUUCUUUGUGGGGAAGGAGCUGCGAUUAAAGCAGGAGUACUUCGUAGUGGCUGCUACUCUCCAAGAUAUUAUCCGUCGAUUUAAGACCUCAAAGAGGGAACACACCUCAUCCACCAUUUCUUUUGACACCUUUCCCGACAAAGUUGCCAUUCAACUGAAUGACACCCAUCCUGCCUUGGCAAUUCCAGAGCUCAUGAGAAUUUUAGUUGACAUUGAGAAGCUCCACUGGGAUAAAGCCUGGAACAUCACCAAGCGCACCUUUGCCUACACCAACCACACGGUGUUGCCUGAAGCUCUGGAACGAUGGCCAAUACAGCUGCUAGAGACUCUGCUACCUAGGCACUUGCAGAUUAUCUAUGAAAUUAACCAGAAACACCUGGAUAGGAUUGCUGCUCUUUUUCCAAAAGACUUGGAUCGUUUGCGCAGGACGUCCCUGAUUGAGGAGGACGGAGGAAAGAGAAUUAACAUGGCACAUCUGUGCAUUGUGGGUUCUCAUGCUGUCAAUGGAGUUGCCCAGAUCCACUCCAACAUCAUAAAGACUGAUGUAUUCAAAGACUUCAGUGAGCUGGAACCUGACAAGUUCCAGAACAAAACCAAUGGCAUCACACCUCGACGCUGGCUACUGCUCUGCAAUCCUGGAUUGGCUGAACUCAUAGCAGAGGCUAUUGGGGAGGAAUAUGUAAAAGAUCUAAGCCAGCUAAAGAAGUUGAAUGACUUUGUGGAUGAUGAUACUUUUAUCCGAGACAUAUCAAAAGUAAAGCAGGACAACAAGGAGAAGUUUGCUCAGUACCUGGAAAAGGUGUACAAAGUGAAGAUAAACCCUUCCUCCAUGUUUGACGUCCACGUGAAGAGGAUCCACGAGUACAAACGGCAGCUUCUGAACUGUCUACACAUUAUCAGCAUGUACAAUCGCAUAAAGAAGGAUCCAACAGCACCCUUUGUACCCCGAACAGUGAUUAUCGGUGGCAAAGCGGCCCCAGGGUACCAUAUGGCCAAAAUGAUCAUCAAGCUUAUAACUUCUGUGGCUGAAGUAGUGAACAAUGACCCUGUACUAGACGACAAGCUGAAGGUCAUUUUCUUGGAGAACUACAGGGUCUCUCUUGCAGAGAAAGUGAUCCCAGCUACUGACCUUUCGGAGCAGAUCUCACUGGCUGGUACAGAGGCUUCUGGCACUGGAAACAUGAAGUUCAUGCUGAAUGGAGCCCUCACCAUUGGCACCAUGGAUGGGGCCAAUGUGGAAAUGGCUGAGGAAGCUGGCGAAGACAAUCUUUUUAUCUUUGGCAUGAGAGUGGAAGAUGUGUCAGAAAUUGACAAAAAAGGUUAUAAUGCCAUGAAAUACUACGAGCAGAUCCCUGACCUGAAGCAGGUCAUUGACCAGAUCAAAAGUGGAUUCUUCUCCCCCCAGCAACCAGCUCUUUUCAAAGACAUCACAGAAAUGCUGUUCAAACAUGACCGCUUUAAAGUGUUUGCGGACUAUGAAGACUACGUUUGUUGCCAAGAGAGGGUCAGCAGGCUUUAUCAGAAACCAAAGGAGUGGACUAAGAAGGUGAUCAAGAACAUUGCUGCCUCCGGGAAGUUCUCCAGUGACCGAACCAUCACUGAAUAUGCUACAGAAAUUUGGGGUGUUGAGCCAACAGACCUAAAGAUUCCAUCUCCAAAUGAGCCACGUGAAGCCAUUGAGGAGACGGCAAGGGCCCUUAAGAAGGCAUCCAUCCUCUAAGUCUAUGAGUAAAAUGUGACGAAUUCUGGGUUUCACAGGUUAAAGGUUAAAACCGUUUUCUCCAGAAUAGGUGAUUUAAAGAAUAAAUACAAUACUAAUAUGAAUUUUACAUUAAAACUGGUGUUGAUACAUUAAAGGUACCACUAGGCAAAGUAUCUCUUUCUUGGUUUUUGCAAACAGGCAUAGGUGUUCUUGCCAGGAUCAGUCUUUAUUCAUCUGCAGUGUGGUGUCUGUCCUAGUGUACAGGUGUCCCUGUUAUAUGGACAUAAAUCGUUCCUGAAAACUAUUUGUACACCAAGAGUCUAAACUGGGAGGUUCUUUCCCAUUAUGGUAAAUAGGGAAAAAACAAUUAUGCGUUACUCGACUUUACGGGCAUGCCCAAAUAUUUCCACCCAAAAAAUCUGAAGAAAUA